GAAGAAGAAGAAGAAGAAAGCCAAACGUUGCGCUUGUGGAAAUUGUAUGAAAUUUAUAUAUUUCACCUAGUCGUCAGUUGCUCAGUGAAUUUAGUAGAGAGAAGAUUAAUUUUCUCUUGAGAAUGUAAUAAUAGUAUAUUUCAUAAUACUAUCUACUACACAAGAUUGGAAAAAUCAAUGAAUUUAAUUCAGUAAAAUUGCAAGAGUGAAUGAGAAACGUUGCUGCGGUAGUACGAUAUAUACAUACCGCAUUGCAAAUCUCUGUAGGUAGUGUUUGAAAGAGUUUUUAUACCAAAGUUGAAUGCACGCGCUGUCAGACUGAAGAAGAGAAAUCUUUAAAGAAAUCUUUUUUCUUUUUUAAUAUUUCUCUACUUUUCCUGAUUUUUUUCUAACAUGAGUGCUAUUUAAUAAAUUAGUGUGAAGCUGCAGUAAAUGUGCUUUCAGUGAGAAAUAAGAGAGAUUGAUAUAUUAAAAAAAAAACUUGUGGACAGCACUUGUGCUUAUAAGGAAGCAUAGAUGCCAACAAAUCAAGGUUACCAAAAGGUAUCAACGGAAAUACCCACCACCACCACCAUGUCAUCAGGAAUUGCAUCAAGAUCAUCCUCACAGCAGCUCAUGCCACCAGAUACAGCGAGUGUGACUGCCUCGCUUGAAUCUGGGGAUCAGGAUAAAGUGCAACCAUCAUACCAAUAUACUGGUGGUCUCCGGUCAAUUGGGAAGCAAGAAUGGUUCACAGUUUGUGUUCUUUGCUUUGUAAAUCUCAUCAAUUACAUGGACAGAUUCACAAUUGCCGGUGUUCUCACGAAUAUCCAGGAUGAAUUCAGUAUUGGUGAUGAUCAAGGGGGUCUCCUGCAGACUGCAUUUGUACUCUCCUACAUGAUAUGUGCACCAAUCUUUGGUUAUUUGGGUGAUCGCUACUCAAGACGAUGGAUAAUGGCGCUCGGUGUGGCACUGUGGAGUGGUACAACACUUUUGGGUUCUUUUAUGCAUCAAUAUGGGUGGUUCCUCACAUUCCGAGCUCUAGUUGGCAUCGGUGAAGCUAGCUACAGUACCAUUGCCCCAACCAUCAUCUCGGAUCUCUUCAUCUCCGACAUUAGAUCAAAGAUGCUGGCUUUCUUCUAUUUUGCCAUCCCUGUGGGAUCUGGCUUAGGAUACAUAAUUGGAUCUGAGAUGGCAAGUUUAAUGGGAUCAUGGCGCUGGGCACUCAGGGUAACACCAAUACUUGGAGCCAUUGCCGUUGUUCUCAUAUGGCUCUUCAAAGAACCCCAACGGGGUCAAAGUGAAGGAUCACACAAUCUCGCCGUUACAUCAUAUCGUGAAGAUUUGAAGGACAUUGUGCGAAAUCCAUCAUUUAUGCUGUCAACUGCUGGGUUCACGUGCGUUUCCUUUGUAGCUGGUGCCCUUGCAUGGUGGGGUCCAGCUUUCAUGCACUUUGGCAUUCAAUUGCAACCGGGAAAUGAAGAUAUUUCCCUUUCAAGUAUCGCGUAUCGCUUUGGAAUUACGGCCAUGCUAGCGGGACUCAUUGGUGUUCCCCUUGGCUCUUACCUGGCCCAACGUAUUCGCCCACGUGACCCGGCAUGUGACCCGAAGAUUUGUGCCGGGGGUCUCAUCAUUUCUGCACCAUUUGUCUACUUUGCACUAAUUAUUGCAAAAUACAGCACAAAUUGGACAUUUGUUCUUGUAUUCUUAGCCAUGGUGUCUCUGAAUUUGUGUUGGUCAAUUGUAGCUGAUAUCCUUUUGUAUGUCGUUAUGCCAACAAGACGCUCAACUGCAGAAGCAUUUCAGAUACUUCUUUCGCAUGCUCUGGGUGAUGCUGGAAGUCCGUAUUUAGUGGGUGUUAUAUCUGAAGCUAUUAAAGCCAUGAGACGCACAGAAAUUGCCACAGCACUCCAUGAAGAGAUUAUUGAGACAAUUGGAAGUAAUAGCACAAUUCCCUUUGAUACAGCAGCAACAGCAACAACGGAUAUCAAAGAGACAAAGUUUGUUGCUCUGCAAUAUGCACUCUUUGCCACGUGUGUUGUGGAAGUUUUGGGUGCUGUAUUCUUCCUCAUUACCUCCUUCUACAUCAUACGUGAUCGCGAGCGAGCAAAAAGGGCCAUUGCAGACGGUUCAAUUGAGGAGAUUCAGAAUCAAGAAGCAGACAGAACUAGUAGUACCAGUUGUAAUUCAUAAAAAAAACGUUAUUUAUCAAAUUCAAAAUAGAUUUAUCAAUCUCACCCAAUAAAUAAUGUAAAAUCACGUGUAAAUGAUAGGUAGGUAGGUUUACAUACAACAUAAACUGUAAUGCAAAAAAGACUUUAUAUUCUACAUGAAAAAAAAAUAUUAAGACAAUGGUUUUAUAAACGCAUUAUGUAGAAGAAAAUAUCAAAUGAAAUACAUAAUAGAAAAAAUACAUAAUUCGCACAAUUGCGUGGAAUUUAUAAGUUUAGUAAAAGUUUGUUUUUAUUUCUAAAGUAUACUGCUAAUCAGUAUAAAUGAAUUGACUUUUGGAAAAUUAUUUUCCAUCCUUAGAAAUGAAAAUUUAUGUAUAAAAUUGGAGAAUAUGAAUUAUAGAUAGAAGAAAAAUUAUGUUGCAUGGCAAAAUAUUUUUUUUAAUGCUUAAAAAUAAUAUUUUGUACGCCAAAUUGGUUCAAAAAAUCCAUCCAAAAUUCAUAACUUAUUUCUAAGAAAAAAAAAAUCAGCGUUGAAGAUGCGUUAAGAAUGCUCCUAAAUUCAUGGAAUAGAAGAAAUAAAUCUCAAGUAAUAUCACCUCUGUCCUGGUUUAUAACAUCUACCUCUUGUUUUUGUAUUAGAAUUUAAAUAAUUUUGGUGGCAAGCCUUAUUAGUGAAAAAAAGGUCGAUAGACACAUAGUUAAUGCGAAAGAAAAUAUUCUAUUAGUUUAUAAAAUAAAAGUUAUGACGCCAAAUUUUAUUUGAUGAUUUUUUGGAAAUAAUGAGCAUUUUCAUGUCAAAGAAAAAAUUGACAAAAAAAUCCUAAACUAAUUGCGAGGUGUUAGUAAAAUUAUGUAUGUUAGUAAUUUUUAAUGCUGAACUGAAAUGGACCAAGACAAAUAUGUCAUGAUUAAAAAUAAAUUAAAAGGAUUAAUUAAAAUCUUUUUUUUUAAUGAAAAGGAUGAUCAAAGUAAAACAAUGUUUAAUCUAGUCUCGUAUUAUUUUACUUUGAUUUAUUUUUAAUGUAUAAAUAACGUAAAAUUAUUGUGGUGAAGAUGGAUUAUACUAGUAAUUAGGUAAUAAUGAUGAUGAGACUGCCUUAUUAGGGUAAUAUUAAAUCACAAGAAAAUUUCCAUUUAAUGAGAAAUUCAAAAUGGAAAUAACCAAAAACUCCUCGAUUUCCCUAACGUAUUUUAGGCAAAAAUAAAUUAGUUAAUAAUGUUAUUUAUAAUCUCCAUUAUUUCGCUUUUAGAAGAAAAAGAAAAAUUUCGGUAGUCUUCCCAAAAUUUGCUACAAAAUAUCCCAUUUUUUUAAGAAAAAGAAAAUAAUAAAAUGAAGAAAAUGUAAUAGCGAAAAAUUGAAAAAUAAAGGAAUAAUUUUUAUAAUAA